AUGAAUUCAUCAAUCGAACUGCAACUUCCUGAAAAUGGCGGUAGUAGUGAAUUGGAAUUACCCAAGGAACAUUGCAGCAGUCCAAAAGAGACUGCUGAAUCUCCUGUUCCUGUUGAAAAGUCUGAUCUAAAGAAAACCGAUGAAGAACAAAUAAACACACAAGAUAAUUUUACUGCACCCGCGGUUCCAUUGGAUUCAGCGACAGAACCUGACGCAAAUGUACAUUUGGCUACCACGAAAUUGUCUGCAGUAAUACAUUCACGUGCUUCACUAAAAACGGUGUCUACCUUGGAUGGUUCAAAUGAUCCUCAGUCUGUGCUCGUAGAUUCCACCGAGGAUGCGUUUCAACCGAGUGAAGAACAAACUCCUGACGAUAUUGUGAAUGAUAACGCGGAUGUAAAUAUAUUGAGUGAUACAGUGGCAGACCCUGUGUGUCCUGGCGAAAUUACUCUUUCCGUUGAACGAGUAUCCGAGGCCUCCCCUAGUAUAACGAAUUCCACAGAACUACCAAAAGAGGAAUCUAACAACUAUCAAGCCAGUUGUUUUCCUCCUGUGAUUGAGUCUGUACUCAACAGUUGUUCAAAUGUUCUUCCUGAAAACUGUUUUGUGCCAGAAAGUGAUAUAACUGAACCGAAACCACAGGAUGCAAGCGGUACCUUUCGCGGUUCUCAUAUUCGCAAAAGUCUCCGGCCGAGAAAACUGCUUUCCUUUAUGGAUUCAAUGGAUGACUUUACUGUGGAUGAUGAACCACCACUUCCGAAGAAUGUUGGAGAGGUGGGAUUCCCUGAGAUAGCACCAGAGCUGAUUGAUAAUCCGUCCUCGUCGGUUGUCCAAGCAACGGUAGUUCAGGAGGGUGAACGCCGCAGGAGCUUACGUCCACGGAGAAUUGUUAAAUCAGUGGACACUUACGAAAACGAAGCAGAGCUAGACCGAAUUUUGAGCGAUAAAGAUGCUCUCAAGGCUUACGGUCCAACGCAGCACUGGAACACUGGCGAAUAUAUAACAAAAAAUUGGGUUGCAGUGGAAAAAAUCCUUGCCCAUCGACCGUUAAGGCGUCAAAAAGUAACAAAACUGUUGAGUGAUGCCAUAAAAUCGUACCCAGCGUAUCAACGUGACAAUGCGCGAUUCGAAUACUUUGUGAAGUUUCAAGAUCAAUCAUUUUGGCAUUGCGCCUGGGUGUCCGGAGCCAUUCUGUUAGCCUUGCAUCCAAGUAUGGUUCGCUACUACAUGAAACAUCUCAAAUUGAAAUCCGGAAUAAAUUCAUCUACCACUAUUACUUCCCAAUCGAGCAGAGCCGAAACGAAUGAAGGUCUGGUUCAUUCAGAAAACAGCAAUGAAUCGGCUUCUUUGGCCAUGGUGGAUGAAUCAAACGCAACUGAUACAGUGGUAUCCGAGUUGCACAUCCCUCAAAACUCUGUGUUGAUGGAACAUGCUAGCGAAUCAGAAACUGGCACCAUCCCAUUUAUUGUCGAACACAGCAGCGAAGAAGUGAGCGACGAGGAGAACAAAUUGACAAACUCUUACGACUACGAAGAUAUUGUGAAUUGGACUGCCAAAAUGCCCUCGGACGCUGGUGCUAGACGUCUGUACUUGUUACGUUGGGGAGUCGAAAGUUACACCCUCGUACCGGAACGCGUAAUCACUAUGUGUCCAGAGUUCGCGCCUUUGGAUUCCGAAGGUAACGUUCUCAAUCCCCUCAUUGAAGGAAAACGAACGAACUUGCGCUAUCGACACGUUCUUGUCAAAUGGUUGCAUCUACCGGCUAAUCACUACACAUGGGAAAUCAUCGAGGCAGACACAGACGUUCUGGAGAUGGUGGCAAACACUCCCGAGCUUGCCCGACUAAAGUCAAUCAAGCCACCAGAUGAGCCGGAAGGGAAACUCCUACCACUGCUGAUCCGUCAGCAUUUGAUUCGAUUGACUCACCUCUAUUGCACACGAAUCGCCACUAUGCUGUGCGAAGCCUAUGGGACUAGCAGAGUUCCUUCGAAGUCAUUGCCGUCCACGCGGGAUGCGAAAGAUAUUUGGAAUAUCGGUCACUACGCUCGCACGUGUUGGGCAAACGGACAGCCUAGUUAUUUGUCCCCAGUUUGCAAAUGCGUGUUGCAUCCGUAUCAGAUCGAGGGAGUUCGUUGGUUAUGGCAUGCUUAUCAUAAUGGAAUCAAUACUAUCUUGGCCGAUGAAAUGGGUUUGGGGAAAACGGUCCAAGUGAUUACUCUCCUCUAUCUACUGUGGAAAGAGUGCAAGGAUUACGGUCCAUUCGUUGUUAUCGCCCCCUUGUCUACACUGCUCAACUGGGAACGGGAGUUUCUAAUGUGGGCACCGGAAUUUCACGUUAUUGUUUAUACCGGUGAGAAAAGCUCACGGAACACAAUGCAGGACUAUGAAUUUUUCAUACCCAACACGCAUGGUCUCGUCUCUUUUCAUGUGCUAAUCACCAGCCAUGAAUUGGCUUGUAUCGAGCGUUCUUGCUUACAGACAAUCAACUGGAGUGUCCUCGUUGUGGACGAGGCCCAUCGUUUGAAGAACAAACAAUCGCGACUUUUCAAGGAGACAAGUCAGUAUAAAGCGGACUUCAAAAUUCUGUUGACUGGUACCCCACUGCAAAACACCCUAGAAGAAUUGUUUCAUCUGCUGAACUUCGUCGACCCGAAAACCUUCGCAAGUUUCAAAUCGCUAAGCGAUCAAUGGUUAGACAUGCCCAAGGAUGAACGGAUCGCUCAUCUCCAUAAACAAUUGAAACACCAUCUGCUUCGCCGCUUAAAAGUAGAUGUUAUUCGAGAUCUGCCAAAAAAAUCGGAAAUCCUCGUUUUUGUUGAUUUGACCACGUUGCAACGCAAAUUAUACAAACUGAUAUUGACCAAAAACUAUGAGGAACUUCGCAGUGGCAGUCUCAUGAAUAGUCUAGUACAUCUGCAGAAAGUGUGUGAUCAUCCUUAUUUGCUACCUGCUGGUGAUAGCAUUGCACCUCGGUUGCGCGCGAAUGAGCCGGAUUCACCGUACGAACCCGGUGCACUGAUUCAGGUCAGUGGCAAACUAAGCGUACUGGUCGAUAUGUUAAAAGGGUUACAUUCACGUGGUCAUCGUGUGCUUCUCUACUCCCGACUCACCACAAUGCUGGAUAUUCUCGAAGAGGUAAUUUUGAAUAUCGGCUGUAUCGGCUUCAUUGUUGAAGCCAGAAUUUCAUUCUUUCCUCAUAUGUAUGCCAGUCAAUCAGCUGGUGUCCUUUUCUCUUAUAUGUGUUACAUGACGGUACCAGUCAUCAUAUAUCAAUUUUUCCUCUUCCUUAGCUAUGUUUAUGAGCGAUUUGACGGAAGCGUAAAGGGUCCGAUUCGGCAGAUAGCUAUUGAUCGUUUCAAUGCUCCUAAUUCCAAAGCGUUCAUAUUCCUGUUGUCCACUCGAGCCGGAGGUGAAGGAAUUAAUUUGGCAUCUGCAGAUACCGUGAUUCUUUUUGAUUCGGACUGGAAUCCUCAGUGUGAUUUGCAAGCGUUGUCCCGGGCGCAUCGUAUUGGUCAAUCCCGUCACGUAGUCGUGUACAGGUUUGUCACAAGAAAUACUAUGGAGGAACGAGUUUACGCGGUUGCCAGAAGAAAAUUAGCUCUGACACAUCUCGUGGUAGACCAGCAGGAACAGAGAAAACAUAAUCGGGAGGAACUACGACAGCGACAAUCGGAAACGAAAAACUCGAUAACAGCGGGGAUCGAAAGUGAAUCCAUCAGUCUCGGGGAUUCGGAACCGUUGAAUCACGUCUUGGAAGAAGGCAACAAUAAACCCACGGCAGCAGCAACCACUUUCUCAACAGUUUCAGCUCCCACGGGGAAUAGAUUGUCUCGAGGUGAAAUGAACGAAUUAUUACGUUGUGGAGUGGAAGCCUUGUUUGCGCUGGACGAUCCGUUGGACGAAUCUGAGUUGUUCAAAGCUGCACGCAACGAUGACUCAAAACGGAUCGUAUAUGAUACCGCUGCCAUCGAACGUCUUCUGGAUCGCUCGAAUUUAUCGGCAGAUAAAGAAGAACACAAAUCGGCUGUGGACGAAUAUUUGAGAGUGUUUCGCGUGGCCCAUUUUGAUCAAACCGAAGAACCGAGUACGGCAACUUCAACGGCUUCUGUGUUGCAUUCCACAUGUGGGGCUCCAUCAGAUCAGUCAGCAGAAGGAAAAGAGAAAGUAUUCAAAGUUCGCCGGGAUAGUCGUUCUCGACAUCGGUCAGCCUCUCGACAGGGUGACUUUUUGCCCUUAGAAACAGAUGAUGCGGAUGGACAAUCUAGUCCCAAUGAAGACACCCAUCCUGUGCAUUCGUUGUGGAUCCCUUCUGCAGAAACCGCUCAAUCAUGGAAAUUGCGAUUAAGCUCAAUGAAUUCGAAAAUCACCUUCGAAAACGGGUACAUGUUUAUCUAUGACUUUGGUCCAGCUGAUCGACAGGCGUUUGCUAGUGCUGUCAUGCGAUUCGGCCUUCCUCCUCCUGGUAUCAUCCCACCUCAAGAGUGGCUUCCCCCUUCACUGUACCAUAAAGCGCCGGAGAAUUUAUUUGCCUACACUUCUGUGUUCAUGCGCCAUUUAUACGACGAUCCAAACGGAAUGGAUGAGUCAACUGACUGCUGGUCUGACGGCCUACCGAAGGAGAGUCUUUGUGUUCCCGCGGUUCUCUCCCGCGUUGCCAUAAUGGCUCUGAUCCGAAACAAAGUACUGGAAUUCGAGGAUAUUAAUGGAGUUCAUAGUCGAACGUUUGAGGCUGUGAGCACACGAUUCAAGUUCACGAUUCACGAAGGUGGCCUCACUCUUCUACGCCCCACAUGGCACGAAGAAUGGCAGCGUAUUAAUCGAAUCGUGAAAACAGUGGCCACAAAUGUACAGUCGUGGAAUUCGGCCACGAAGAAACGGGAAGAGGCCAUGUUUCAUCUCCAACACAUAUGGCAUUCCAGACACGACUAUUGGUUGCUUGCAGGCAUACAUGUACACGGCUAUAUGCGCUGGACUGACAUUUUGGCUGAUCCGCGAUUUCAUCUGUUAUGCACUGGGAUUGAAGGUGUUCUAGAAGAUCUGGAACGAAAGGAUGCUACCGUUCCUCCAGAAAUGUUCGGAUCUGUCGCGACUAAAGUGGGUCGACCAGUACAGCGCUUUAAGUAUUUCCUCGUUUUGGAUUUCGAAGCAACUUGUGACAAGGGACGAGGCUUUAAACCUGCGUUAACUGGGAUCACUCAGAGUAUGGUGGACGAUCAACCGUGCCUACCAGAUGUUUUGAAGGUAAUUCAUCGACAACUGUACUGA